AGGAAGCACCAACGGCAAUGGAAUCAUAUAUCAUAUGAUGGAGGGAAUCGUGGAGGGUACAUUGUACAUGUCGAUUUCUUGAUAACAAUAAUGCCUCUUAUUUGCCUUAUUGCCUAAUGACACACUUCCCUCUAACAUUCGUCUUCAUCGUCUCUAUGCCCAUUGCAACUAAACCCAGUUUUUCAAUCAAAUCCCCCAAAAUCAAUCAUAAAAAAACCAAACCCUAACAUCAACAACUUUCUCAUACUCCUCAACUUUGCUCGUUACGUGCCUAAAUCAAUGGAUCAAUGGAACGCGAAGCUCGAAUUGCAUCAACAACAAUAUCAACAUAUUUCCAACUCCCAUUCCGACCAAAGAGAGACAACUGAAGUGGAAGUGAAAGAUACAAAUGAUGCUAGAAAAGUUCAAAAAGCUGAUCGCGAAAAAUUAAGGAGGGAUAAACUGAAUGAACAAUUCAUUGAGUUGGGACAUCUACUCGAUCCAGACAGACCCAAAAAUGACAAAUCCAGUAUUAUCAUUGACACCAUACAAAUCCUUAAAGAUUUGACAAAUGAAGUUAACAGACUUAAAGCAGAAUGCUCUGCAUUAUCUGAAGAAUCAUGUGAGCUGACACAGGAAAAAAACGAACUGAGAGAAGAGAAAUCAUCGCUAAAAUCCGAUAUAGAAAAUCUCAACACACAGUAUCAACAAAGGGUUGGAGUUAUAUAUCCAUGGGGAGGUAUCGAUCCUUCUUCAGUUGUUAUGCCACCACCAUUUUCAUAUCCGGUUGCUUUACCUGUCCCUGCGGGCCCACUUCCAAUCCACCCGUUCCCUUUUUAUGCUAAUCAUAAUCCACCUGGCGCUUCCAUCAUCCCAUAUCCAAAUCCAAAUCCAAAUCCAAAUCCAAAUCCAGCUAAUUACCAUAUUAAUAAUCAAACGCUUCCUAUAUAUGUGCCAAGAUCAAGCAAACAAGAAUGUGGGAGUAAGUCUUCGGAACAAUUUAGGGGUAGUAAUAGUAAUGAUGAUAAAGGGAAUAAUUCUAGUGAUGUGGUGACAGAUUUAGAGCUUAAAACCCCGGGGUCACAGGGAGAAAAAAAGGGCAAACAACUAGAGAGGAGAGAUGGGGUUUGUUCAAGUAGUAGAUACACUUCUUCUCAAGGCUUUCAAGAUAGCUCUUCAAAUAAUGGGGAAUCUAAUGAUUUAUAGACUUAAUGGGGUCAUAUGACUUAAUCUGACAACACUUAACGAAGAAAAAAUAUUGAAAAUGUUUGAAGAGAGGCGGCUGAAGAGAAAGUUUUGUUGUCUGCCUUUUUGACCAUUGUACUAUGUUAGAAAGGACUCUAAUACCCUUUGUAUAUAAUAGAUUGGUAGGACUGAGGUGUAAGAGUUGAUGUUUUCAUCAUUUGGGAAGGGCAAAAGAGUCCUUUCCUAUCAAUCACUAUUUUGGUGUUGGUGUUGGUGUUGAUGAAUAGUAAAAUACCAAAUUUGGUGUUUUACACUUUUACUAUUCAUUUGCAUCAAUGAAAUAUUAAAU